CCUAUAUGUAUAUGAAAUGUAUUUAUACGAUUAAAAAUUUAUUAUGAAAUAUUUUUAUUAAGAAAAAAUUGUUUUCUUAAAUAAAUAAGAUUUACAAAUAUGAGUAAUAUUUAUAUACAAGAACCACCUACUACCGGUAAAGUAAUGAUGAAAACAACUGUUGGUGAUAUUGAUUUGGAAUUAUGGACAAAAGAGGCUCCAAAAGCAUGUAGAAAUUUUAUACAAUUAUGUAUGGAAAGCUAUUAUGAUAAUACUAUAUUUCAUAGAAUUAUUAAAGGAUUUAUCGCACAAGGUGGUGAUCCAACAGGUACAGGAGAAGGUGGUGAAAGUAUAUAUGGACAACCAUUUAAAGAUGAAUUUCAUACAAGAUUACGUUUUUGUCGACGAGGUUUAAUUGCUAUGGCUAAUGCUGGAAAAGAUGAUAAUGGUUCUCAGUUCUUUUUUACUCUUGGUUCUACACCAGAAUUACAAAAUAAACAUACAAUUUUUGGAAAAGUUACUGGAGAAACUAUAUAUAAUAUGCUGAAACUUGAAGAAGCACUUGUAGAUGAGGAUGAUAGACCAUUUUAUCCACCAAAAGUUAUAAAAACAGAUAUAUUGAACAAUCCAUUUUCUGAUAUUGUGCCAAGGAUAAUAACAAAAAAAAAUGAAGAAAUAAAGGAUAAUUCAAAAACUAAAACAUCAGGAGUAAAAAAUUUUAAUCUUUUAUCAUUUGGUGAAGAAGCAGAGGAAGAUGAAGAAGAAUCUGUGAUAUUAAAUAAAAAAUUUAGUAAUAAGGGCAAAUCAGCUCAUGAUCAUCUAACUGAUCCAAAAUUAAGUGCACAACCAGCUAUUGAACCAACUGGACCUCCAAACAAAAAAAAAAAAGAAGAUCGUAGUAGUGAUUGGGAAAGUGAUGAGGAAAUGAAAACUCAAGAAGAGAUGGAAGCUAUAAAAAAAGAAAAAGAAGCUAUGAAAGAAAGAAUAAAAAAUAAAUUGAGAGAUACAAAAAAAGAAUCUAAAAAAAUAGAAAAUUUUAAAAUAGAUGAUGAUGAAGGUGAUAAGGAUAUAAAGGAUGAUGAAUAUUAUCUUGGAAAGGAUAGAGAUGAAGAACGUAAAAAAAAAGUAGAAGAAAUAAAAAAAGAAAUUCGGGAUUUAAAACGUGAUGUUAAAAAUGAAAAGAAAGCAAAAGAAGAAGAUAAAAAAAUGAAAGAAGUCCAAAAAGAAAAGAAAGAAAAAAAAGUAGAAAUUAUGAAAGAAUAUAUAGAUACUCAAGAAAAAUAUAAAGAAGCAAAGUUAAAAAUACCUAAGAAAGGAAAAAGCCGUGAAGACUUUACAAUGGAAUUAUUAAAUAAAUUUAAAUCUAAACUUCAAAAUGCUAAAGAAAGUGUAAGAGAAACAUCACCAAGUCCAAUAAAAAAAGAAAACAUUAAAGAUGAAGAUUUUGAUCCAACCGAUGAAUCUUGGAUGGUACAUGCAUUACAUUGUGAAGAAAAAAUACCUGUUCUUGCCAAAGAUGCGAGUACAAAAGAUGAUGAUUGGUUCGAAAUUUAUGAUCCUAGAAAUCCACUUAAUAAACGACGAAGAGGAGAAAAAUCAUCCAAGUCAAAAGAUAAUAAAAGUAAACACGACGGUGUUCGUCCAAGAGAUUGGCAACCACGUAGAUCUCAGUACAAGGUUCCUCUGAGAUUAUUUCGAUUGUGUUUAUUGGGAAUGUUUCUUCCCGCGAUAUUAGUAGCAGGGCCAAUGUACUUACGAUAUCGUGUCUAUUCCGAGCAACUAUAUCCUUUAACCGUCUCCGAUCAAAGGCUUAUCGACGCAAAAGUAUCUACUACUUGGUGCCAGAGUCAGAUGAUCAAAGUUAAUACCACAUUUAAUGCCUAUUUGAUGAAUGACGAACCAAAAGUGAAAAACGAAUUCCUACCUGUCUCUAUGACGAGACAUUUGAUUUUAGAGGACGACAUGAAGGAAUAUUGGGGCUUCUAUCUUCUUCGGGGUAGCAGUGUUACCGUGUCUACUUGCGUGAGAUGGCCUGGCGCUUCUUUAACCAUGAUUCGUGGCCACAAACAUCUUCACGAAUGCGCAUUCAUCGGUGAUGAUAGUAGCGAAGAAUUGGAGGAACUUUUGGAAGUUGCUAAAGAGACUGGUUUUAUUGCGACGAACAAUUCCUUUGAGAACGAGAGUCCUAGCAACGAGCCGGAAAAGAUGAAGAGGGUUCAACAAGGUGUACAGUUUCAUCACAAAGAUCAUCUCUUGAAUAAUUCGAAACAUACGAUGAACACUAUGCCGCAUCAUUACAACAGUCACGAAUUAGAUGCCAAGGCUAUGAAAGUGAUUCUCACGGAACUUUUUGCCAAAACAUUGGAUACAAAGAAGAAGCAAAAAGAGAAUCCGCAUCAUCAUUACGAAGGUAUUUUCGUAGAAACGGAUAAUAUCGAUAAACCGCCUAUUCAAUCUUCUUCUCAUACCGAUACGCAAGAAGCCAGAAAUGAACAAAUGGAGAAUAAAUUGAUUAAAACUUUCGAAGAGGUUUUGAGGAGGCAAAGCGUAGCGAGUACCACGGCCGACGAUAGAGGUGAAUUAAUAAAAAAGCAUGGAAAGUUUAUGCAUAGAUAUGUUGUUGCACGAAACGAGACGAGCGAAAAGGAAACGAAGAAAACGACAAUCGAGUCUAAGGAGCCAACAUCCGGGGAAGUGUUUCGAGAUGUUUUGGACAAGAUUAAUUCGUUGGGUUAUCGGGGUAAAAAGAUUCUGAAGAAACUGAUGGACGAGAUCGAGAAGAAAGGUCCGGAAGGGGAAGCUUUACGGCAGGCGGUGAACAAGACGAUGAACGAUCACACGCUCUCGAAUGCUGAGAAACGCAGAAGACGAAGAGACCUGGUUUUAUCCUCGCCUCUUCACAAGGAAUUAACGGAAGAGGACGAAGAUGACGAUGCAGCUGUCGAAGAGGAUAUGUUGAACCCGGAUGGCAUAGCCGAGGACAGAGGCACCGUGAACGAGACAACGUUGAACGAUAGAAGCAAUUCCGAAUUUUGGAGCUCGUUCAGCAGUUCUGAGGAACGGCUUCUUGAUUGCAAAGGAUUGAUUCUAAAUUUACCUCUAACACCUCAUAGACAAUGUACUCCGAGACACGAGGGCGAACAUACGGUCGCUUCGUUUGCCAACACGAUUACAUAUAGAGUUCCUACAAACGGAUAUUAUUUCUUCGUCUUCAACUCUGAAAACGAGAUUCAACCCAAUUAUCUAAGGGUACGGUUCGAUCUUUUGAAGACGGUCUACAACAUCUCGAACCCGGUACACGUCUGCAAGAAUAGCACGAUGGAAUGUUCGUUGCCUUUUAAAAUCUUCAGUAAUGAGAGGACAGUGUUGGAAUUGCCGUUGAAUGGCAAUGACUCACUAUGGAACGAGGAAUACGUAGUGGUAUCCACGUGUGAACCAAGAACGUCUAUUUAUUUGCUAUGCAUUAUAUCGGUACCUUUGCUUAUCCUUAUAUUUGCAUUUCACUGACAACAUGACGAAUCGUGUGAGGAAAGGACAGUAUUUUAAUCUCACAAUAA